AUGCUCGACUGCUAUCUCCAUGGCAUGCCGAUCUGCCAGUGUCCGACGGAAUGUGAUGGAUGUCAGCGCGAGCUCGAUCCCUCCGUUGCUGCACAUCAUCUCCAGACCUGCAAACGCCGAUCCUCCAAGCUUCCCACGGCGCAUGACAACCUUACUCGUACGAUUCGGUCGAUGCUGAACAAAGCUGGUCUUCAGAGCGUCAUCGAUACAAUGAAGGGCGAUAUCCACAUCCCUGGAAUCCGCGAUCGAGGGUCUGAGCAGUACGAGGGCUUGAUGGCGGACGUGACGUUGGUCCACCCUUACAUUGGUAGCUCUGCCGACCUGACCAAGUGGGGGGAGGUCAACCUCGACGCCCUCCAUGUUGCAGCGUCUGAGAAGAUUCGCAAACAUCGCGCUGCAUAUGCUAUGACUACUCCUCCUCGAGCGUUCAUCCCUCUUGCCAUCUCGACGGACGGUAUAGGAUUUACUGGCAGAAGGCACACAGUCCACAGCGAGAAGCGGCACAAGCACACACAAAACACAAGCCCGAAAAGAACCAGCACGGCUGGCACCCAGACGCGGCAGCGCCAGCCCAAGCGCGAAGCCGCGCAGACAAGCAGCCUAAGGGUCAAGCAAUCAAGCAACAAGCAGCAGGAGCAUGCAGGAGGAAUAAAAUCCCUUAGACGCGAUACCCGGAGGCAGCCGACUGACCACUCGGUAGCCGAGUCAGCGGUAGCCGCCCGUGACGGCGGCGACGCCGCGGCAAUGCCCAAGGACCGGCGUGACCCGACCGAUGCCGGGGAGGAAGCAGGCGAGCUCGGACCAGCAGCAAGCACCCCAGUGGUGUCGAGCUCUCCGGAGGCACCCGACGUCACAGUGAGGGACGGAGACGGUACCCUGCAUCCUGACACCCUCCGCUUCAUCUGGUAUCUCGCGGACAUCAUUGAUCAGCGCUCGAUGCCUCUUGAGGAUGCGGCGUUUGGUCACUGCGGCACUUCGUGCCUGAUGACGGCCCUGCUGCUGAGGUCUUGGCUCGCAAACGCGCCGCCACCUAUCAGCGCCUCACUAUGCAGCUGA